AUGGCGGACGAUGUGUACUAUCGCCAAGUGAUCAGUCAGAUGCAGAGUGAAUUUACGCGUGCAGUCUCUGCUUUGGAGAAGCAAGUUGCAACGUUGACGCGUCAUAAUGAGCUUUUAACGCAGGAACUAGCACAAACGAAACAACAACAGAGUGAGUGGACACAAGAAGCAACACAGACCGUCACGCAACUUCAGCAUCAAAUUCAGAGACAAGUUGAAGAUGCUGCAAUAGCUCAACAAAAAGCGACGGACAAGGAAGAGGCACUUGUGCUUGAAAUAGCGGCACUUAAGAGUCUAUUACAACAAGAACAGGAUUAUUGGACACGAUACGAUGAGGCAGGGAAGCAAGAUCGGGAUCGAUUAACACAACAAGUAGCAAAAGCCAAGGCUGAGACGCUCCAACAUCUUGAACAGAACAGAAUCUUGAGAAGGGAAAUCAAAGCUUUGCAAUGUCGAGUUGAUACGGCAGUUGCAACAAGCAAUAGCUUUGAACAGCGACUUUUAAAUGUCGUCAAGGAAAAAGACCAAGGUCUACUACAAGCUGAGACACAAGUUGCACAUUAUAAGAAGAAAGUGCAUGAAAAACGAGCACAGAAUAAAUAUCUGACCGAGGCAUUAGUGAAGCUACAGACACAACGACAGAGUGGAGAAAGGAGUAGUAGCAAUGGCAAUUCUUCCACUGAGAGCCCGAAACUUGAGAGAUCUGAUGUUGAGAUGAUCAAGCCUUUGGAAUCUUUGGUACAGCGACGGAGAAAGAGAGAAUUGACGUUACCAGAAGAGAUUAAAGCCGCAGCAAAUGUGACGACAUCGAAACUCUACACGAGUAAGAAACUUGGCGUGUCUCGAAUUCGAACAUCUCCGACGUCCUCAUCACCCGAGAUCUCACCGCGAUCGGCUCGAAUGACUCCGUACCAACGACCGCCUUCAGUUGCAACAACGACACCUACUACGUCAGAUGGUGUGAGCUUUAACAGCAACAGUAGCAAUGGCAGUCUACGUAGUUUACGUAGUUUGCGCAACGUGACAACUAGACGAAGAGGCAACCGGAAUAGCAGCGACAGUGACAGUGCGAACGACAGAAGUAGAAUAAAUACAGAAGGAGAAGAAAAGACGAGCCCUACGGGACGGCUUGAGCGCGAGUUGAAUUGUUUGCGACGAAAGUUGGAUUCAUGUAUCGCAGAUGCUGCUGCACGGUGCUUUCUGGUCUACAAUGAGCUUAACCACACCGAUUCAUGCUUCUGCUUACUUGAUGCUGUCAACAACUUUGCUUUUCAACAAUGGAAACAGUCAAAAAUAGCGUAUCGUGGAGCUACAAAAGGGUAUUUAUUAGCAAUGAAAAUUGUUUUGACUUGA